AUGUCCACCACAGCCGAUUCUACAGAAACUACAGAAACCGUCGAGAAACAGAACACCGAAAAAAGCGCAGAAUCAACUGGGAAAGCGGAAAAACGAAAACGACCGGAAAACGUGGAUUUUACAGGAAGCAAAAAGAAAAAGUGGGAAGACCCGAAUAAGAAAGUGGACCCAUUGGAGGAGCUUCCUAUGAAUGUUCCGUUCAAAAUAGUCGAUGGAGUCCGUCACCUAUCUCCCUACUGGGCGUGCUACCGAACUCGCACAAAAGGGAGAUGGAUUGGUCGAAAAAUGGUCGAAGUCUUCUCCGGAGAGUUUCUUUCGACGAAUCGAAAUUAUGCAAAAAAAAUUUGGGGGUUUGAGGAUGACAUUUCUCAAGAAAUGACAAAGUUGCUCAAGCGGGGAGAAGAAGAGCUCAUCGAGCUCAUUGAAGAAGUUGUAUGCAAAUCAGGAAGAGAUUUUGCACAAUUAUGCACCUUCAUCUUUGGAAAGAAGCCGGAGAUCAAGGUCAUGGAGUAUCAAGAACUCGAGAAAAUCGCUUGCAAAAUGGGACGAAUCUAUGUGAAUGGAGAGCAGAUGACCGAUACGGACUAUGUGUUGAAGAAUGGCGAUCGAGUCGAUCAUUGGGCUCACCGGCAUGAGCAUCCGGUUCGUGAUCUCCCAAUCCGGAUAAUAAGUGACACCGACGACCUUCUUGUCGUUGAAAAACCACCAUCUCUUCCAGUACACACGUGCGGUCAAUAUGCCAUUCAUACAGUCCUCGGACAGUUGAGAGUUAACGAAGGAAUCACUGGAUUGAGAGUUCUUCACCGUCUGGAUCGUGCCACUUCUGGUGUGCUCCUCUUCGCGAAAAACUAUGAAACUGAUCUGGAAUUCAAGACGACACUGAAACAAGGAGAGUGGAGUAAAGAGUACAUUUGUAAGGUGGAUGGAGUGUUUCCAGACGAAGAACAAAUCUGCGACCAACCCAUCGGACCGCUCGUCAUUUCAAUGGGAAUUCAGUGUGUGAGGCCUGAUGGAAAAGAGGCGAAGUCGAGAUUCAAAAAACUCUGGUCGGACGGAACACAUUCGGUAGUGCAAGUUCACAUCGAAACGGGAAGAACUCAUCAGAUUCGAGUACAUUCACAAUUUCUGGGUCAUCCAAUCGUUGGCGAUCAACUCUACAAUUCGACUGUCUGGGGAUCGACAAAAGGGAAAAAUGCAGAGUAUCAGAAGAGUUUUGAGGAGCUCUGCGAAGAUGUUCGAAACACGCACAAAUCUGAAAAUUGGCACGAGAAACCGAAUCCGGAAUACGAACAACGAAUGGAGCACCUCGCCGCCGAUUCUACUGAAAUCACAACGGAAACGCCAGGACUUACUGUAGAUCAACGACCGGAAUUUGAUGAAAUUUGUCAGAAAUGCAACGUGGAAUCGAAGAAAGUGCCCGAUAAUCAUUAUCAGUUGUUCUUGCAUUGUUUGAAAUAUGAGACACCGAAAUGGUGUUUUAAAACGGAAUUGCCGGAAUGGGCGGUUCAAAAGUAA